GGUGCGUGGGGACCCAGGAGGGGCGGGGCCGGGAGGGCCCAGGCUGGGGCGCGAGGCUCAGGCACCGGCACCGGCACCGGCGUGAGCGAUGGCGGCGCGCAGCCUGGGCCGCGGCGUGGGGCGGCUGCGGGGCGUCCUGGCGCGCGCGGGUAUCGGGGCGCACACGGCGCCUCCCCAGGCCAGGGCAGCCUCGUACCCCGCGCGCCGUGCGCAGGCCGCCCGCGAGCCCGCAGCCUUCUGGGGGCCCCUGGCUCGCGACACUCUGGUGUGGGACGCCCCCUACCACACCGUCUGCGACUGCGACUUCGGCAGCGGCAGGAUCGGUUGGUUCCUGGGGGGCCAGCUCAACGUGUCCGUCAACUGCUUGGAUCAGCACGUCCGAAAGGCACCCGAGAGCGUCGCUUUGAUCUGGGAGCGAGACGAGCCUGGCACGGAAGUGAGGAUCACCUACAGGGAGCUUCUAGAGACCACGUGCCGCCUGGCCAAUACGCUGAAGAGGUAUGGCGUCCAGCGAGGGGACCGCGUGGCCAUCUACAUGCCGGUGUCCCCACUGGCUGUGGCGGCAAUGCUGGCCUGUGCCAGGAUCGGAGCUGUCCACACAGUUAUCUUUGCUGGAUUCAGUGCAGAAUCCUUGGCUGGGAGGAUCAAUGAUGCCAAGUGCAAGGUGGUUAUUACCUUCAACCAAGGACUCCGGGGAGGGCGUGUGGUUGAGCUGAAGAAAAUAGUGGAUGAAGCCGUGAAGAACUGUCCGACUGUCCAGCACGUCCUGGUGGCACACAGGACGGAAAACAAGGUCCCCAUGGGGGAGCUGGAUGUCCCCCUCGAGCAGGAGAUGGCACAGGAGGCCCCUGUGUGCGUCCCCGAGAGCAUGGGCAGCGAGGACAUGCUCUUCAUGUUGUACACCUCAGGCAGCACUGGCUCACCCAAGGGGCUGGUGCACACCCAGGCGGGCUACCUGCUGUAUGCAGCCCUGACGCACAAGCUUGUGUUUGACUACCAGCCCGGCGACGUCUUUGGCUGUGUGGCGGACAUAGGCUGGAUCACGGGACACAGCUAUGUGGUGUAUGGACCCCUCUGCAAUGGUGCCACCAGCGUCCUUUUUGAGAGCACCCCAGUUUAUCCCAAUGCUGGUCGGUACUGGGAGACGGUGCAGAGGCUGAGGGUCAAUCAGUUCUAUGGUGCCCCGACCGCCAUCCGGCUGCUCCUGAAGCUUGGGGAUGGCUGGGUGAAGAAGUACGACCGCUCGUCCCUGCGCACCCUGGGCUCGGUAGGUGAGCCGAUCAACCACGAGGCCUGGGAGUGGCUACACAACGUGGUGGGGGACGGCAGGUGCACGCUAGUGGACACCUGGUGGCAGACAGAGACUGGCGGCAUCUGCAUUGCGCCCCGGCCCUCCGAGGAAGGGGCUGAGAUCCUCCCUGGCAUGGCCAUGAGGCCCUUUUUUGGCAUCCUGCCUGCUCUCAUGGAUGAGAAGGGCAAUGUGGUGGAGGGUGGCGACGUCUCUGGGGCCCUGUGCAUUGCUCAGGCCUGGCCGGGCAUGGCUCGGACCAUCUACGGUGACCACCAGAGAUUUGUAGACUCCUACUUCAGGGCCUACCCAGGAUACUAUUUCACUGGAGAUGGGGCUCACCGAACCCAAGAUGGCUACUACCAGAUCACGGGGCGCAUAGAUGAUGUCAUCAACAUCAGCGGCCACCGCCUGGGCACCGCAGAGAUCGAGGAUGCCAUGGCUGACCACCCCGCUGUGCCGGAGACCGCUGUCAUUGGCUAUCCCCAUGACAUCAAAGGAGAAGCUGCGUUUGCCUUCAUCGUGUUGAAGGACGAGGCUGGUGAUGCGGAUGCGGUGGUGAAUGAGCUCAAGUCGGUGGUGGCUGCCAAGAUUGCCAAAUACGCUGUGCCCGAUCAGAUCCUGGUGGUGAAGCGUCUUCCCAAAACCCGCUCUGGGAAAGUCAUGCGGCGCCUCCUGAGGAAGAUCAUCACGGGCGGGGUCCAGGACCUGGGGGACAUCACCACCCUGGAGGACCCCAGCGUCAUCGAGGAGAUCCUGAGAGCCUUCCAGACGCACAAAGAGAAAGGGGCAGCCGCCAAGUAGUAUGUGGCCUCAGCCGAGUUUGGACCUGCCGCAGGGGCGCAGCCUCACUUGCCCUUCAGGACGUCCCAGCACACAGGCCACACCCCAAGGUGAAGCCGGCCUGCAGCCCCUCUUCCUCUGGGCCCUGAAACCUGACCUGCCAGGAUGCCAAUGCACACGAUGCCUCUGCGCCACUCACCUUGGGCUCGGUCUGCAGGCCCAGGACAUCAGCAGCAUCUGCGGCUCACACCCAGGGCAGCCCCAUUUCUCCAGAAGUUUCCAGAGACAAAAGACAGAGGUGGUGCUGUUUGUAUGCUUGAAUUUGGAGAGCACUGGGGGAGUGUUCCAGUGUGAGGUGAGGGCGCCCACACGCACACAUGUGCACACACACGUGCACACACACACGCACACUGCAGCAGAGUCAGGGAAAUCUGCGCUGCCUCCAUCAGUGGGGAGGGCGUGCUCUUUGAUGCCUGUUAGCGAAUCUGGACUUCUGGUCAGAUGUCUGUGCCUCCACCUGUUUGCUGUCCUGGUAAAUCUGUGCCUCCACCCCAUGUCGGUCCCUCCUGACAUUGGUCUGUCGCCUCAGGACGGAUGAGCCCUGACUUCCCUAGCUGUGAAGCUGCUCUGGGUGGAUUUGUUCCUCUGAGCUGUGACCUGGAAGGGUUUGCUUUCUGCUCGAUGCCUCAGGAAAACUCAGAUGAACCUCAGGGCAGUUCAGCCUGAACGGGGAUCCUGGUCUGGGGGCAGGGGGAGCCAGAGACCCUGGCAAGAUGUGCGCUCCGCCCGGGCUCCUCCUCAACGUGCCUUAAGACCGCAUUGUGCCGUGGGUCAGGUCUCUCAGUGCUCGCUGGGAGCCAGGCCUGGUGCGCAAGGCCGAGGUGUGGGGCAGGUGGAGGCCACCCCUGCACACCCCGGGGCUGUGUGAGUGUUCAUAGGAUUGGGUGCUGCACACCGGACAAGGCCUUGCCACAUGGGCUCCAGGCGAUCGGGUGAGCCCCGAGACCCCACAGUGGCAGAGGCUACAGUGGGCACCCCUCUGAGCAGCAGUGCUCAUUACCACUGGUGAUGCUAAGCCACGCAGCGGGCCGCACAAGAGCCGUGCCGCUGUUACAAGAUGACUUGGGUCUCCGGCUCUCAUGUGGUUAGCAGGGAUGUUCAAAUAAAAUUUUAUUUUGUUCAUGCUCCA